UGGAACAUGGCUUGUUCCACCAUUUGUUCCGCCGUUUGUUCCGCCGUGUGUUAUUGCGCCGUUCAUGUCCGUAAGUCGAAAGCAGCGAUUUUUUGGAGCUCAUUCCUUUUCUUUUUUUUUCGCUAGAGUACUGUGGAAUGGUGGGAACGUCGGCCAUUGCGUGUAGAGGUAAUCAGCUGUUGACACGUGUCGUGGCAGUAGCUGUGUCUAAGGCGAGGGAUCGAUCCCCGUUGCUUUCGCGGAGUUUGAGUUUGCAGGCCUGUCAUCUUGGAGGAGGAGGAGGAGGAGGAGGAGGUCGUGGAGCCAAGAGAGCAGGUGGGGGCAGGUGGGGGCAGGUGGAGGGUGGACUACCAGUCCAUGCCAGCAUGUCUUAUUGGCUGUUGAAGACGGAGCCUCACGAAUGGUCCUGGAGCGACCAGUCGGCAGCGGGCGGUCGGUCGACCUGGGACGGCGUCCGCAACGCUCAAGCUCAGAAGAACAUGAAGCAGAUGGCGGUCGGCGACCUCUGCUUCUUCUACCACACCGGCAAGGAGCGCGCCGUCGUCGGGAUCGCUGCCGUGUCCAAAACGUGGUAUCCCGACCCGACGGACGAGUCCCGACGCUCUGGAAUGGUGCAGAUUGAGGAGGUGAUGCCGUUCCAACACGUGGUCACUUUGGCGCAGAUCAAGGGAUUGGAUGACGUGGCGGAUUUUCAGCUGGUCAGACAGCCGCGACUGUCAGUGGUGCCGGUCCCGGCCGACGUCUGGAAGAAGAUCUGCGACCUUGGGGGGGUGGAACACGUGGAAGCGCCAUGGAAAUCGUCAGCGAAGCCGUCGGUCAACGACGACGGUCAAACCCAAUCUUAACGGGGUCAACCCCCGGGUUAGCAGCGCAGCGCAGGUCAGCCAUCUCGAUUUUGUAAUCAGAUCAGGCCUCAAAAGAAAGUAAGCAAAGCGGGGGGGGGGGGGGGGGGGGGGGGGGGGGGGGGGGGGGGGGGGGGGGGAGGGUAGCGAUGGGGUGGGUUUAGGGUCAAUCAGGCCUCAAAAGAAGGUAAGCAAGCCAUGACGAAACAGAGCGUAGGAUAGUAAUAGCAAAAAAAAGAGUAAAAUAGGCUUUAAAUA